AUGGGGAAGAUUGUAUUCUUUGAGGAUAAGAACUUCCAAGGUCGUAGUUAUGAGUGCAGCAGCGACUGCCCAGACCUGCACUCCUUCUUCAGCCGCUGUAACUCUAUCAGGGUGGAGAGCGGCUGCUGGGUUCUUUACGAGCGCCCCAACUAUGCAGGCUACCAGUACAUCCUGACCCCUGGGGAGUACCCUGACCACCAGCAGUGGAUGGGCUUCAACGACAGCAUCAGAUCCUGUCGCUCUAUCAAAAACGUCUAUGGAAAUUCCUACAAGAUCAGAUGCUAUGACAGGCCAGAUUUUGCUGGCCAUAUGGCAGAGUGGAGUGAGGACUGCCCAUCGGUCCACGAAGCAUUCAAGUUCCGUGAGUUCCACUCUGCUGUGGUGACGGACGGUGCCUGGGCAUUCUACGAGCUGCCCAACUACAGGGGGCGCCAGUACUUCCUGGAGCGCAAAGAGUACCAUAGCUUCACGGACUGGGGCGCCACCUCCCCUGUCGUGGGCUCCUUCCGCAGGAUUACAGAGUUCUAG